UCAUGUGACAUUACUUUUCCUAGUAGGGCUGAUUUAGUGUACCACUGAAGACUGAAGUAGAUCUACAUCAAUUUGUUGUUGUUGUUGUUUUUUACAUUCAACAGGAAGAAAUUCAUAGAGAAGAAUCUACUAGAAAUCAUGGAAUUUACAUCCCUGCUGAGCUAUACAAUUGUGGCAGUAAUAUGCCUAUCAUCAUGUGUGGAUGCUUACAUACAAUGUGGAUUUUUCACAUGCUAUGGUGACGACGCAUACUGCUGCACUUUAGACACUGGUGCUAGAGGAUGCUGUUACAGCUUUGAAGUUGUUAACAUGUGGUGGUUCUGGAUCAUUUGGGUGAUUAUAUUUUUUAUUGCUCUGGCUAUUGGAAUGGCCUGCUGGCGCCGACGCAGAAUGCAGUAUCGCUAUGUUGUGAUGUCCAAUUCUGAAUACCCCUCUUAUGGCACUGUUGUCCACACCUCAGCAACCACCCAGAACUACCAAGGAGCCCUACCCAAUGCACCCCCACCUCCUAGCUAUCCGCACCUUGGUAAUGCAGCACCACCUUCAGGUUAUGCAGCACCACCCCCAGCCUAUGCUGCCCCACAGAAACCUCCUCCAUACAGUUAAGGAUACAGUUGACAAACAGUUAAUCUAAACAUACUUAAGUUUAUAUCUUUCGGUAUCAUAUUUUUUGUAUUAAAUUUAUACCAAGACUACCUUGAACAAAUACAAGAAAUGUAAAUUGUGUCAACAAUAUUAUUUUAGAUGAGAAGCAUUUUGGUUUAAUAUUAGUGGACUAUGUUUUUAAUUUCUGGUGGCCAGAAAAAAAAUUAAUUUCCAUUAAAAAUAUUAUCUUUAAAUAAUGGCUAGUCAAAUGAGAUAAUUUUUACAAUAAAUUAUUUCUUUUUGAAUCAAUACAUUAUGGUUUAAUUUUAGUGCAACUAUGUUUUUAAUUUCUGGUAGACAGAAAAAAAUUAAUUUUCAUUAAAAAUAUUCACUUUAAUUAUAUGGCUAGUCAAAGGAGAUAAUUUUUACAAUAAAUUCUCCCUUUUUAAAUAAUACAUUGUGGUUUAAUUUUAGUGCACCUAUGUUUUUAAUUUCUGGUAGACAGAAAAAAAAAUUAAUUUCCAUUAAAAAUAUUAACUUUAAAUAUAUGGCUAGUCAAAGGAGAUAAUUUUUACAAUAAAUUCUCCCUUUUUAAAUAAUACAUUGUGGUUUAAUUUUAGUGCAACUAUGUUUUUAAUUUCUGGUAGACAGAAAAAAAAAUUAAUUUCCAUUAAAAACAUUAACUUUAAAUAAUGGCUAGUCAAAGGAGAUAAUUUUUACAAUAAAUUCUCCCUUUUUGAAUCAUUACAUUAAGGUUUAAUUUUAGUGCAACUAUGUUUUUAAUUUCUGGUAGACAGAAAAAAAAAUUAAUUUCCAUUAAAAAUAUUAACUUUAAAUAUAUGGCUAGUCAAAGGAGAUAAUUUUUACAAUAAAUUCUCCCUUUUUAAAUAAUACAUUGUGGUUUAAUUUUAGUGCAACUAUGUUUUUAAUUUCUGGUAGACAGAAAAAAAAAUUAAUUUCCAUUAAAAAUAUUAACUUUAAAUAAUGGCUAGUCAAAGGACAUAAUUUUUACAAUAAAUUCUCCCUUUUUGAAUCAUUACAUAAAGGUUUAAUUUUAGUGCAACUAUGUUUUUAAUUUCUGGUAGCCAGAAAAAAAAUUAAUUUCCAUUAAAAUUAUUCACUUUAAUUAUAUGGCUAGUCAAAGGAGAUAAUUUUUACAAUAAAUUCUCCCUUUUUAAUUAAUACAUUGUGGUUUAAUUUUAGUGCAACUAUGUUUUUAAUUUCUGGUAGCCAGAAAAAAAAUUAAUUUCCAUUAAAAAUAUUCACUUUAAUUAUAUGGCUAGUCAAAGGAGAUAAUUUUUACAAUAAAUUCUCCCUUUUUAAAUAAUACAUUGUGGUUUAAUUUUAGUGCAACUAUGUUUUUAAUUUCUGGUAGACAGAAAAAAAUUAAUUUCCAUUAAAAAUAUUAACUUUAAAUAAUGGCUAGUCAAAGGAGAUAAAUUUUACAAUAAAUUCUCCCUUUUUAAAUAAUACAUUGUGGUUUAAUUUUAGUGCAACUAUGUUUUUAAUUUCUGGUAGACAGAAAAAAAUUAAUUUCCAUUAAAAAUAUUAACUUUAAAUAAUGGCUAGUCAAAGGAGAUAAAUUUUACAAUAAAUUCUCCCUUUUUAAAUAAUACAAUGUGGUUUAAUUUUAGUGCAACUAUGUUUUUAAUUUCUGGUAGAUAGAAAAUAAUUAAUUUUCAUUAAAAAUAUUAACUUUAAGUAACGGCCAGUUUAAGGAGAUAAUUUUUACAAUAAAUUCUCCUUUUUUUAAAUAAAUACAUUUUGUUUAAUUUUAGUGUGACCAUAAUUUUAAUUUCUGGUAGCCAGAAUAAAAAUUAAUUUUCAUUAAAAAUAUUAACUUUAAAUGAUGGCCAGUUAAAGGAGAUCAAUUUUACAAUAAAUUCUCCCUUUUUAAAUAAAUAAACAAACUACGAUCAAAAAUUAAUUAAAAGUCUCUUGCAAAAUGGAUUGACAGUAUAACGUCUCAGUUGGGGAAAAAUGAAAACAAAAUUCCAGUUUUGUUUAUUUUAAUGAAAACACAUAAUUUAUAAAGUAAGCAAUAGUAAUAUAAUUAGUACCACUAAAAAAAAAUUUGCUCAUAUUUUUAUGUUUUGUUGAUAUAAUGAGGGGAGUGGGAUGAUUAAUUUUUACACAAUUGUGAAUUACUAAAUUUGCAGUCAUUCAUUUCAAUACAAAAGGCUUGUAGCCAGUUUUUAACCAUUCAUUUUAAAUAGUAUUAUUGUAUUUUUACCCACAAAAAAUGUAUUACUAGAUGAUGUUCAUCUUGGACUUUUUUAAAAAGGUAUUUACAUGUGAUAUAGGUAUUACUAUUUCUCAUUAUAAUGUACUUUCUUAGCUUUUGUAGACUGGUGAGCUAUUUUAGUUCAAUAUAAAUACAUAUCCCUACCGCUAUUGUUAGCAUCAACGUUUUCACUUUUAUGGAAGUGCUUAUAUUUGUCAACUUUAGAGGAAAUAAGCAACUUCCUUAGACCCCUCUAAAAUGGAUGUGAGAGGAUCUAAGCACAUUGCAAAUUUCUCUAUCGUUUGCCAAUAUAAGCACUACCAACUUUAACUGCUUCAUCCUUUUUUAUGUAAGGCCUUAUAAAAUACUUAUUUAAAUACUGAAUUAUUUUUAUUAAUGUAACUCAUAUUUUAAGCUAUAUGCUUAGCCAAUGUUCUUGCCUUGUGAAAUGUCUUAUUUGGCAAUAAACAGGUGAAAAGGGUAUAUUAAUAAUAGUGUAUGUAAUUUCUAAUUUUAAAAUUUAGAUUAAUAUUAAUAAAGUAAGAAUCAAAGUAAGGGUACAAUAAAUUUUUAACAAGUUGUUGAAGUAGAUAUAUGUGAUAAUGAAUAGAAAAUUACUAUGUAUGAUUAUGUUGGGGUGGUCACUGUUUUACAGGCUUACUAUCCAACUUCUUUUGUGAUGUUUUUAAUGAAUAAAGCCAACAUGUUUUUGCUCUCA